AUGGGUCUUUCACAAGAACGUAAGCUCGAAUACUUUGAAAAGCUUGAGUCACUGCUUGAAAAUUAUACCAAGAUUUUCCUAGUGGGUGUUGAUAAUGUUGGCUCUACUCAAAUGCAGCAGAUUCGUCUUGUUUUACGUGGUCGUGGUGAAGUUUUAAUGGGUAAAAAUACCCUCAUGCGUAAGGUAUUCAACAAUUUUGUAAAGAAAAAUCCAGGUCAUCCACUCGAGAAUUUCAUUCCAUUGCUCAAGGGAAAUGUUGGGUUUGUCUUUACGAAUGAAGACCUGUCGGAAAUUCGUCAAUUACUUGAAUCAAAUCGUGUUCCUGCUCCAGCUCGUGUUGGUUCCAUUGCUCCAAUUGAUGUGAUUGUACCUCCUGGACCAACGGGUGCUGAUCCUGGUCAGACAUCUUUUUUCCAGGCUUUGCAGAUUGCUACCAAGAUUCAAAAAGGUCAGAUUGAGAUUGUUUCCGAGGUGUUGCUGACUAAAAAGGGUGAAAAGGUUGGCAACUCGGAAGCUGCUUUGCUGCAGAAACUCGACAUCAAGCCGUUCUCGUACGGUUUAGUCAUUGUACAGGUGUACGACAAUGGCUCGAUCUUUGAUCCUGUUGUGCUGGAUUUGACGGAGGUCGAUCUCUGCGCCAAGUUUGUUGCUGGAUUGCGUAACGUCGCUGCUGUGUCUCUAGAGCUUGGCAUCCCUACGCUUGCUUCUAUUCCUCACUCGAUUGCCAAUGCCUUCAAGGACUUGGUAGCUAUUGCUGUGGAGUGCAAGGAGUUUUCGUUCGAGAAGGCCGAGCCUUACAAAGCUUUCCUGGCGAAUCCGUCUGCUUUUGCUGUAGCUGCUCCUGCUGGUGGUUCUGCUGCUGCUCCUGAAGCCAAGAAAGAGGUGGUCGUGGAAGAAGAAGAGGAGGUUGAUAUGGGUGGCGGUAUGGACAUGUUUGGCGGUGACGAGGACUACUAA